AUGGAAACUCUGAUUCCCAUCAUUAACAGACUGCAGGAGGUUUUCCUCACAGUUGGAGCCAAGAUCAUCCAGCUUCCUCAGAUCGUAGUCGUGGGGUCACAGAGCAGUGGAAAGAGUUCAGUACUGGAGAGUUUGGUUGGACGAGACUUUCUGCCCCGAGGUUCAGGAAUAGUGACUCGGCGCCCUCUAGUGCUACAGCUGGUGAACGUGCCUCCGCUGGAGGAGAGGCGGAAACAAGACAAUGGGAAUGGAGCUAAACACAACAGCCAAAACAAUUAUCCAGGUAUCAAAGCAGAAGAAUGGGGCACCUUCCUUCACUGCAAAAACCAGAUUUUCACCGAUUUCAGUGAAAUCCGGAAAGAGAUCGAGGAGGAAACGGAUCGUAGUACCAAUAAUAAGGGCAUCAGUCCAGAGCCCAUUUACCUGAAGAUAUAUUCCCCUAACGUACUCAGUCUGACGUUAGUUGACUUGCCUGGCAUCACUAAGGUCCCUGUUGGUGACCAGCCUGAAGAUAUCGAGACUCAAGUGCAAGAGAUGAUUCUGUCCUACAUCUCCAACCCCAACUCCCUCAUCCUGUGUGUCUCUCCUGCAAACUCUGACCUCGCCACAUCGGAUGCCCUUAAACUGGCACGAGAGGUAGACCCAGAUGGUCGCAGGACGCUGCUGGUGGUGAGUAAGCUGGAUCUGAUGGACGCGGGGACAGAUGCUCUGGAGGUGCUGCUGGGCCGGAUCAUACCCGUCAGACUGGGCAUUAUCGGUGUGGUUAACAGGAGCCAACAUGACUUGAACACCCAAAAGAGUCUCGACGACUCGUGCAAAGACGAGCAGGUGUUCCUGCAGCGGCAUUACCCGUCAUUAGCCUCCCGCUGCGGCUCGCGCUACCUGGCUCGCACCCUGAGCCGACUGCUCAUGCAUCACAUCAGAGACUGUCUCCCGGAGCUCAAGACACGAGUCACGGUGCUCACCGCCCAGAACCAGUCCCGACUCAACAGCUACGGCCAGCCAGUGGAAGACCACAGCGCCACCUUGCUGCAGAUAGUCACUAAGUUUGCCACCGACUACUGCAACACCAUCGAAGGCACUACCAGACACAUCCAGACCUCUGAAUUGUGUGGAGGAGCUCGUAUCUGUUACAUAUUCCACGAGACGUUUGGAAGAACCCUGCAGUCUAUUGACCCACUUGGAGGGCUCACCGAGCUAGACAUUCUCACAGCUAUUCGAAACGCUACGGGUCCUCGGCCGGCGCUGUUUGUUCCUGAGGUCAGUUUUGAGCUGCUGGUGAAGAAACAGAUCAAGAGACUGGAGGAGCCCAGUCUGCGCUGUGUGGAGCUCGUACACGAGGAACUUCAGAGAAUCAUCCAGCACUGCUCUGCCUACAGCACACAGGAGCUCUUGCGGUUUCCCAAACUGCAUGACUCGAUUGUGGAGGUGGUUACCAGCUUACUCAGGAAACGCCUUCCCAUUACCAAUGAGAUGGUUCAUAAUCUAGUUGCAAUCGAGUUGGCCUAUAUAAACACCAAACAUCCUGAUUUCACAGACGCUGCCCAAGUGUCUGCAUCUGUCAACAGCCAGCAGGCGGAGGCUGGGGAUGGAGGUAAGCGAUGGAAGAAUGAGAAGAUGCCGUCAGAGGACAAAGGCCCCGUGCCAGGGUUUGGGAGUCCCACUAAAGCCAUCAACCUGCUGGACACGGCCGUGCCAGUAUCCCGCAAGCUGAGCACUCGAGAGCAGAGGGACUGUGAGGUCAUCCAGCGGCUCAUCAAGUGCUACUUCCUGAUCGUGCGCAAGAGCAUCCAGGACAGUGUGCCAAAGACGGUGAUGCACUUCCUGGUGAAUUUUGUGAAGGAGCAUUUGCAGAGUGAGCUGGUCGGUCAGCUCUACAAGCAGCGUCUGCUGCAGCAGCUGCUCAUCGAGUCUCAGGAAACUGCUCAGCAGCGCACAGAGGUUGCACACAUGCUGGAGGCGCUCAAGAAAGCAAGUAACAUUAUCUCAGAGAUCCGGGAGACUCAUCUUUGGUAGCCAAACGUUCUCAUGAACAUUCUGUCCAGGAAAGUGUUUACAUGUUUGUGCGUGCUGUAUGUGUGUGAGUGUACGACAUAGGUCAAAUACAUCAUCUGAAGAAAUUCAAUGCCUCUGCCAGCAUGAAACAUUCAACAAAAUGUGUACAGUUUUCCAAAUAGCCUUUAUUUCUACUGUAUAUGCACUGAUUCCAUAGCUGUGUGUUUGACAGAGGUCAAAAGUGUGAGUGCGUUUAUACUCAGUAGUGAACAUAUCAAGUCCAUGUCGUUAUCUUCAAUAUCAUAAAUGCUUCGUAAUGGUUUUUCGCCAUUAUGAUAAAUACUGUUUCAGUUAGCGUUAUAAGAAUUAAGUAAUGUCUCAAAUGCUACUAAGAGCAUCCCAAGAACAAUCGAGCUCUCAUACGCUCACAUGACUGAAAACAGGAAUCACACAAUGAACGUCGUUAUUUUUUCAUCAUUUACUCAACAUGUCAUUCCAAACCGUGUGAUACUCUAGAAUACAAGCGAUGACAAAUGUUCACACUGCUUUUUUUUUCCAUUCAGUGAAAACAUUAAAGGCUUUCAAGCUCUGAAAUGGACUAAAAGCAACAUAAAUGUAGCAUAAAUCAUCAUAAAAGUAGUUCAUGAGACUCGUUCAUUAGUUUUAUGUGAGGAACAGACUGAAAUCUAAGUCAUUAUUCACUGAAUAUAGAUGUGGAAUGACAUGACGAUGAGUAAUUGACAGAUUUGAGUGAACUAUUCCUUUAAUACGCUGUAAAUAUCAUGUAACAAAUGUGGUGUCCAGAUUUACAGUAAAUAUAAGAAACAAAAAAACGCCCUUUAUUAGAUUUGGUUGCAUUUGUCCAUGUUGGCACAGUUGUAUGUUACAUAUAAGCUUAAGUUAUCACAGCCAAUAUGGGCUAAAAACAAAAGCAGUGCUAAUAUAUUUGAU